AUGUUUACUUUAUUAUUUAUACCAUUUGUUGAUGCUCUAUUCUCCAACUUCGAGUACGUCUACGUGACAUCCUAAUUGGAAUAUUCUGCAUACACAUUCAAAGGUGUCAUAACUGUGAUUCCACAAACAAACAACAUCCUAUUAUGGAAAUGUCAUGAUCUAGAAGAAGCAAUCCCAAAUAUUUCAUUCACUCUUCUUGAAAACGGAACCAUUUUGAAGCUAAACGACUUUAAUCUCUAGUACGAAUAUGAAGUCAAACCAAACCCUCAAUUUAUCUUCACAUACUAGGACUCCACGUAAGGAAAUUUGGUAAUAGAUUAUAUAACAUACAAAAAUCCAGAAUAUGCACUCCAACUAAAAGAAAUUGUAGAUCGAGUGAUUAUCGACGAAUACACUGUUGAUUGGGAUACUGUUCAUUACAAUUUGAAUAAUCUCUAAGACAAUCUAGUGUAGUUUUGUAAGAAACAUUAAGAUUAUAAAACAGAGUUGUGA